AUGGUUUAUUUUUACGAAUCAAAACCAACGGAGUAUUCAAUACCCUACCAAAUUAUUACCGGUAGGGACAAAUUUGAAAACGACCUAUUAAUCAAAUGGAGUUACAAAGAGUUGAAUUAUGUUUGGUUUCAUGCUGAUAAGUAUUCGAGCGGCCAUAUUUAUCUAAAGCUACAUGAAAACGAAAAAACAAUCGAUGAUGUACCGCAAGAAGUAAUACAUGACUGCUUACAGCUAUGCAAAUCUGAAUCUAUUCAAGGAAAUAAAAUGCCUCAAUGCGCUAUCCUAAUAACUCCAUGGCACAACCUAAGAAAAAAUAAGGCUAUGAAUCCUGGUGAAGUAUCGUUUAAAUCUCUGAGGCAAUGCAGGAAAAUAGAAUGCGGAACAAGAGAUAACAAAACACUGAAUAGGUUAACCAAAACGAGGGUAGAACUAUUCGAUAAUGUAGAGGCCACACUUAAUGAGGCAAAGAAAACCAAAAAUGGUGACUUUUUUGUCAAACUUAUAGAGUCUAAUAGACAGAAUCUUAUUGGGGAAGAAAAGCAAAGGAAGUUAGCGAAAAAGAAUCAAAAGAAGAAGAGCAAACAACAUGACGACGGCUUUCUCGAUGAUAGUCCUUUAACAGCUUAA